AUAUCUUAGUUAACAGUUUAAUAUUAUCAACUAUUGAAGACAGUCAGAAAAAUGAAAUUACUCCGAUACGUUUCGUUGGUCUCUUUGUUGGCGAUUUUAUCAAUCGUCACAGCAGAAGAGGAGGAACUUUAUUCUGAUAAAUAUGAUUACAUUGAUCCCAUGGAAAUCGUUAACAACGAUCGUUUGAGGGACCAAUACUACAAUUGUUUCAUGAAUACCGGACCAUGUGUUACCCCGGAUGCAAUAUAUUUCAAAGAACAUUUCCCAGAAGCAGUCGUAACUAAAUGUAAGAAGUGUACAGAAAUUCAAAAAACAAACUUUGAAAAAUUGGCCAUUUGGUAUAACGAAAAUCGUCCUGAUGAAUGGACCGCUCUUAUCAAAAAAUUCAUGGAAGAUGCUAAGAAACAAAACUCAUAAGCUACGAAAAUAAAUGAUAAUAUGAGUGCCGACUUCUUUUUCACGAUUUAAUUAUAAAAAUUAAAUAAAUAAUUAAUAAUACAUUAUAAUGUAA